AUCCACAGACCAAGCAAAUAAACUCGUAGCUCGAACAGGAAGCCUCCGGCCUGCGUGGUGGAGAAGACGGCACACGGCGGGCGAGAAAGCUGAGAACUCGACCUUCAUAGAAUCAUAGCGACGAAGUGGUAUUGAUAGCGCGCGCCGGCGCUCACCGCACAGCAGAGAUCACAUGUUGGUGGCGCAAAGAAUUCGAUCUUCAUCUGCUUUUUCUUCCACGAUUCGUUCUUUGCAACAAUGGAAUAAGGGCAUUUUUGUUCACAACCAUACUGUAUCUUCCUCCACUGCCAGCUCUAGCAACAAUGGUCUUCUUGAUCUUCAGGAGGUCGAGACGGUUCUGAAUAACGUGAAGGCGGACGAUGUCAAAGUGAUACCAAUCCGCAAAGACUGUGAUUGGGCUGAUUACAUGGUGUUCGCCACUGGUAGGUCGACCUGGCAUGUUAAGAACAUUGCUCAAGCCCUAAUUUACAAGAUCAAGCAAAAGCAGAAAGGAGCUAGACAGUUGAUACUCCCUAGUGUCGAAGGGCAAGAGGACGGAAAGUGGAUUGUCAUCGAUUCUGGUAAAGUAGUUGUUCACGCCCUUGAUGAGAAUGCCAGAACUUAUUACAAUCUGGAAAGCCUUUGGUCAACCGAGACAGCGCCAGAUGAUUCUUCGCAGGAUCUGGACAGAGCUUUAGUGAAGAUACGCCGGAAGAACAACUCCAAGAAACCAGCACAAAAAGGUACUUUAAUCAAGUGAAAAAUUACAAAUGUUUACAUCUUUCUCAUCUGUUGAUACGGGGCGAGUCCGAUAUGACGGUUGUGCAUAAAUGUUCUUAUAUAUUCUCUUUAGCUUUGCCUCCGUUUUUGAAUAAUGUAGACUUGGAUAAAUAACGGUACCAAUACAGCAAUUUUAUCAAGAGUAUCCAAUUUUCAUUUUGAUCAA